GCGGACAUCCUCCUCCAGACCUGUGAGUGGUGGGCUUUCCCCCUGAUGGCACCCCACGUGGUGAUCUUCAGAAUGUUUGGGGGGCAAGAGACAGAAGGAUGGGGCCACUUGGAUUAGCUAAUAUUUUGAGUGUAGCAUUAUUAUUGACAUCCAGAACUCUGAUCAGAGGACGAAGACAGCAAGAUGGUGUGUGUGUGGGGCUGCCCCCUAACCUUGACUCUGGGAAGGGGCCAGAGUGGGCUUCACAGAGGGCAUGAUGUCUUACUGAAGCUGGAGAGUCAGUAGGAAAUAACUUAGGUAAAAUUGCAAAGACAAGGAGGCAGAGGAGCUAGCAUGUGCAAAGGACCUUUGUGUAAAGAGCAUAGACUUGGAACUAAGUGUGACUUGCCAAAUUCCAGCUCCUCCACUCACUGGCUGUGUGUUUCUGGGCAAGUUGCUCUAGCUUUCUGAUCUGGGUUGCCCAUCUGUAAAACGGCAGAUGACCACAUCUACCUUAAAGGAAUGUUAAGUGUAAGAGUAACAGGUGCUUAUCAAAGAUGAUCCUUUUCUCUCUGGGUAAUUCUCACUCUUGUUCCUCCUGGUGUCAAAGUGUUAAGACAAGAUGCUUCAGCUUUGGAAACUUGUUCUCUUGUGCGGCCUGCUCACUGGGACCUCGGCAUCUCUUCUUGGAGACCUUAGCAACGACCUGAAUAAUGUUGUGGACAAGCUGAAACCUGCUGUUGAGAAAGGACUUGAGACCAUUGACAAUACAGUUGAAUCUAUCCUUCAGAAACUGAAGGCUGACGUGGCGGUGCUUCAGGAUUCCAAGGUUUGGCAGCUGGCCAAGCAGAAGCUGCAGGAAGCUGAGAAGUUGGUGAACGAUGCUCUUUCGAAGGUCCUCUCACUUAAGGACGGGACUUUGAGCUUGAACAUCCUUAACUCCCGCAUCCUGAAUAUCAAAAUUGAACUGACUCCUGAUGGCGAAGGCAUUAACAUAAGGGUCCCCGUCACCGCUAAUGUCACCCUGGCUCUGCCUCUCAUUGGCCAGAAGGUCAACCUGAAAGUUUCUUUGGACCUCCUGACUAGCCUCAGACUUGAAACCGAUGCCCAGACUGGCAUCCCCAAAGUGGUCUUGGGAGAAUGCCUCAGUGACUCAGACAGCAUCUCCAUCACCUUGCUGGACGGCCACAGUCAACUGAUCAACAAGGUCCUGAACUCCAUGACCAGCAUCCUGGAAAAGACUGUGUCCCACCUAAUAGAGAAGGAGGUGUGCCCAUUGAUCCACCUCUUGGUCUCCACCGUGGAUGAACAUAUUUUACAUGACAUCAUUGAUAAACUUCCAAAGGACAGCAAACCGCAAGCUGCUGCCUGAAGAGGGGCAUGAGGAGGGCUUCUGUGAUGCCCAACCAAAGCUCAGUUCCCAGUGGCUUGACUGUGCCCCACGUAGCAUCUCCAUCUGGUAAGGUACAGCCACCAUCCAACCAGAGUGACAGCCUAAGUUCAGUCAGAAGGAGCCCUCGCACAUCCUUCUCCUCAUGGUUGGGACAGCAGCCUCUGUGCUCACCGCCCUCCACCCCCUGCAAUAAAAAAACAAUUUCUGCA